AUGCUCCUUCUAUUCUAUUUUGUCGUUUCUUGUUUUGCACAGCAGGCAAUACCCAUUUCGAACGCCCGUGUGGCUAUUGUUGGUUCUGGCGCUGGAGGUGCUUCAUGUGCCUAUUAUCUCCAGAAGUUCACGGAUCAUCAAUUCAAUAUCACAGUAUUUGAAAAAAAUAGCUAUGUGGGGGGUCGAGCCACCAAUAUUAACUUUGAUGGAGUCGAAGCAGAACUGGGGGCUAGCAUGUUUAUUGAGGACAACAAAAUCUUAUACAAUGCUGUUGGAGAGCUCAACCUAAGUUUCGCAAACAGUUCUUCCGAGUCCACCUCGUUCGCACUUUGGAACGGAGAGUCCAUUGACUACAUAUUGGAGCCUUCGUCAAACUCUUUGGUCACAUAUCUAAAGCUCGUGUGGAGGUUUGGGCUCUACUCCAUUGCAGCUGUAAAAUAUCAGCAGCAAAAAGCUAUGAAGACGUUUCUCACCGAAUACUACGAAAAAUACUAUCCUCUAUCAUCUCUCAACUCGGUCACUGAUCUGCUGAAAUAUACAUCUGUGGCAGCCAAGGACCUAUUCAAUUCUAUAUGGGUGAGCGCUAACUACCAGAACUUUGUGCAAUCACUGACCCGAAAUAAUUAUGCUCAGAAUCUAAAUGCAAUACAUUCUUUGGGAAGUUUAGUGCUGCUCUCUGGAGAGUCGUCGUUGCAUGUCGAAGGAGGAAAUAACCAAAUAUUUGAGAGAUGGAUACAGGCCUCCGAUGCUGAUCUGCGACUCAAUACCACAGUAACGGCAAUUUCUAAAACAUCGUCAGGAUACGCUGUCUCGUACGGCUCGCACACCGAGGACUUCGAUAUCGUUGUCCUUGCGGGACCAUAUGACCAGUUGGACAUCAAAACCAACAUCUCUGUGUCACUAGUCAACGUUCAAUAUGUCCAUCUCUUUGUGACCCUGGUGAGAACGGCAAAUUUGCUGUCGGAAAGCUCGUACUUCAACAAUAAGAAGACCCCGCAAACAAUCUUGACCACAGGUGGUGAUGAGUUCAACUCAAUUGGCCUUGUGGGAUACAGUGAAAAAUUCCAGGAGUAUGUGUAUAAAGUGUUCAGCUUCCAAACUCUGAAUGAGCAACUACUGCAGCAUAUAUUUGGAAAAUACUCAAACAAGUACGAGAAAAUCUGGUACAGCUAUCCAUAUUUGAAUCCAAUAAGCAAGUUCGACGAUUUCAAACUCGCAGAGAACCUCUACUACCUCAAUGGCAUGGAACAAUUGAUAAGCACCAUGGAGACUUCUUCAUUAGCAGGUGCUACCGUUGCUGGGUUAUUAGCCCAAGGAAGGAAUACUACGCAGAUAACAGUGCCGUAA